UGAGAAUCUCAUCACUUAUCAUCAAACUUUAACUGAUUUUGCUGUAUUGGUCUCUGAACAACUGCACAAAAUAGUAUUUUUUCAGAGCCCAGCACCAUACCCAGAAGAUGGAACCAGUCCCUCUGUGACAUCAGCCCCAGGGCCAAGGGCACAGCAGCAGUGCAGAUUCUGUGGGCACUACAUUAGCAGCUGCACUGGUGGUGACAAGCUUUCUCUCCUUGCAGCUAACUUGUGUCUCUGACAGCAAUGAUUUUGUUGUGCAUCCUCAUCCUGCUGGCUAUGUGCGGGCCUGCACAUGGCAUCUGUGGACAAACCUGUGGGCUCCGGCCCAUGGGUACUGCCCUCGGCUCAUCACGCGUUGUGGGUGGCACAGAUGUCGCACCAGGCUCUGGAGCCUGGGCUGGGAUUGCCAGUAUCCGUUGCUUCUGGAACCCACCAGUAUCUGUGCAUGUCUGUGGAGGGACCCUCAUCAGCUCAAAGUGGCUCCUGACAGCUGCCCACUGCUUCAUCAACAUCACAAAUCCCAUCAGCCAGUGGGCCAUCGUGCUCGGGGCCACCUCGUUGGGCCAGACAGGCCCUGAUGUGGUAGUGCGCCGGAUUAAGCGGCUGAUCAUGCAUGAAAAUUAUAUUCCUCAACUUGAGUAUAACGACAUCGCCUUGCUGGAAUUGGACCGGCCAGUCCCAUGCAGCUCCUCCAUUCAGACCGCCUGCCUGCCUGGUCCUGGAGUGAAAGUGUCUGAGCUGAAAAACUGUUAUGUUGCUGGCUGGGGUGACAGAAUUGUAAAAUCUUCAGGUAGAGAUAUCCUGCAGCAGGCCAAGGUGCAAGUCGUGGAUAACAAGCUCUGCAACAGUAGUGAGUGGCUGAAUGGGUACAUCUACGACUUCCACGUGUGUGCUGGGCAGGGCGGCGUUGGUACCUGCCAGGUAGGAGAGUGCUAUGAAUCCCCCACACCCCAGCAUUUUGGGCAGCCCCAUCACACCACCCAAAUGCAGCCCAGCACCUGCUUUCCCUGGCUCUCCCAGCCCCAGUUCUGCACUGCUGCUGGAGCUUCCAUCCCCUUUCCCAUCCAUGGAUCCUUGCUCAGUGAGGUCCAGACACCAACCCUGAAACAUCCAAGCACAGGGGAGACAGAGCCCUACCUUACAGGCCUCCAACCUGCUCCCAAAGGUGUCAAGGUUCUGCAGGUUCCAGCACUUGAGCCUUGCUCUGCCGGGAAUCCAGUUCUGGCAGGAGCUGGGAGAAUACAGGAGCCAACUCUUAACUGCUGACAGGGGCAUGCCAAAGCACCUUAAUCCUCUCUGCUCUGCUUCAGGGUGACAGUGGGGGGCCUCUUGUCUGCCAAGAUAAGCAUGCUGACUUCUUCUGGCAAAUUGGUGUGACC